UAAGAAAAACAACAACAAAGAAUUAACUCGAUAGAAUGUCGGUUAUUGUCGUAUAAUGUUUUGAUUGUAAAGCGCUUCGGGACUAGAUAAAUAUAUUCGACUUAACUGUUAUAACUGUGACAUGAUGUCUCGUAAACAGAAGCGAGUUGUGCGAUAUGUGAAGGAAGGCAGUUUGUUGAAAUUGAAGUCAUAUUUGCGUAAACAUUCAGACCUUGACGUUAACUUCUCUCAAGGCAAAAAGCUAAGAAGUCCGUUGCAUCUUGCUUGCUCGUCGGGUGACGACGCAGUCCUCCGGCUUCUAUUGAAACACGGGGCUGACGGUCUUCAGAAGGACCGAAAGGGCAACACGCCAUUACACGUUGCAGCUAACAGGGCUCUUAAGCACGGCAAAAGAGCUUAUGAGGACCUCGUUGUUCCUCUCCGAAAGCGCUUCCCAGAUGCUAUGAAUGCAUCCAACAAUCAAGGCGUCACACCUCAGGACCUGCUGCAGUGGAUGAGAGACGAGCCUGCUGUAGGCAUGACUAACCAGUCAAAGGGAGACCCUGAAAAAGACUGGCUGGAGAAGCUCAUGGGGGCAUGUGAGGAUGAGUUCUUUGAAACCUUUGGAACAUAUGAUGGGGAUGAUUUUCUUCCAGUUGAUGAUGAUGAGGAAGACUUCGGGGACUGGGCAGAUCGAAUUCGUAAAGAAUACUAUGAUAGAAAGUAUGCUGAUGCUCAACGAAUGGCAGCAUCAUGUUCUAGUUCUAAGAAGAAGUGUAAGAAAGAGAGGGGAGAAGAGCAAAGUUACAAGCAAUUGCAUGAAAAGCUGCAGAAAGAACAUGAAGAGUACCUGGCUCGUGCACUUCGUAAAGAAGAAGAAAUUGGCAUGGUAAAGAAGCGUCGGUAUGACGAGAGAUGUGCAGCUACAUUCCAAGUUGACUCGUCAGCAUCCACUAUAAAACUGAGUUUUAAUGACAUCCCCUGGCCUGCGCCGCAGGGAACAGUGCAGGAAAUGGUGAAUGUGAUGUUAUAUGGUGUGGACCGGAAGGACGUACAAGUGUUCCGCAAACUCCUCAGGCGGCAGCAAGCACUGUGGCAUCCAGACAAAUUUGCUCAGCGUUGUGGCACAAAAUUGGAGGAGAAGGAUAAGCAAAGGAUUUUAGAUACAGUCACUGCUCUCUCACAGGAGCUCAACAGGUUAGCUCAGAGUCUUAGGGCAUAAGUAACAUGAUGGGCUGAUGGACAUAUUUUACAUCUUUAUGUAUGCUCAGUAAUCCAGGUAAGGAAAUCAAACAAAGUUGAAUCGGUUCAU